CGGGACGGACGUGAGUCAAUGAAUAAGAACAAUCAAAAAGCGGCAUCAAGGCAACACUCAUUUAGAGAGUCCCGAGUGUGGAGGAAGUGGAAAAGAGCGACUUUCCAAGCUGAAGUUGAAACAGGAGUGACAAGCGUUUUCUGUAGAUCUACUUCAUCAUCCGAAAGGAACGCACAAGGAAACACUUCACUUCCUAGACUUGAAGAAGAUGUAUGUCGAGGAGCAAAAGGGUUCGACAUUCGGCGAGGUGUACGCGACGUACGCUCGAACGGGAAACCGGUGUAAUUACAUGUCGUUUGCGCCGCAGCUUCGAACCGAGCAGAAGACCAUCUCGAGUCGCACGUACUGCGCAAGAUACACUCCCCGCGGACGAGGGGGAACGCCAAGAGACGUCAGUGCAUCGCGCGCCGCAUCAAGAGGAAAGCACCACAAUACCUACUUGAGACCAUCGCCGCGAGGAGCAAGUCCUGUGCAGAGGGGAGGGCGGGCCGAUUGGGCCGAACCAUGUUAUUCGCAGGCAGAAACAAGUAUUUCUUUUUGAUCACUCCUGCGUGGAUUUGUGUUGUCACUUGCAACGAAAAAUUAUUACAAAAAAUUAUCAUAUUUAUACAUAUCGAUAUUGUUAUUACCAAAAAUUUAUCUUGUCAACAUUGAGUUGUAGUGUAAAACUCAAUGUCCUUCAUAAUUUUGCAUGUUGUAGUAUUUGUUGUUGGAAUAUAGAUGUCCUCUUUAUCCCAGGCGCGCCGUCAACGUCUGCGCCAUCUCUACCACGAUCGAGUCCUGAUCUGAGUGAACGUGGCACAUUCGAGACACCACGACCAACCAGUACCCGACCUGUUGGAGGUGGUACCACAAAUGCUAGCAGUUUCGAUGGCACUUCCAAUCACAUGCAGAGACAAAAUAAUAAUAAACUAGGAUCCUCGACUGCUACUUCCUCACGCGCGGCAGCAGCUGCGCCGCCAUCCUUGUCUUCGCAGCAGUAUGGUGGAAGCUCGGGCUCGACACGGGCAAGGGAGCCGAAAACGUCUGCUUUCAUUAGGUUGCACGAUUUUCUGUUGCGAACGCAUCUUGGCUCACUCUUGUCAGCAUUGCGGAAUGACUCAUUUUUAGAGCCACUCGAAGCGGAAAAGCUUGGUACGCCUAUCGCCUUUGCUAGGGUCUGUAGUUAUCGUGACUACUUCAACAUCAUCGGAUGUCUCUUUUUUUUUCUUUGUAAGGAACGAGCAAGAGUUUAACUCUACGUACAUGGCUGCUAUCUAACGCAAUAUAGUGAUAAUUGUGUAGUGCAAGUUCAGAUUCAGUUGCCUUUGAUUUUUUUCUUCAUCAUCACAGGGCGGCGACUCGAGGAUCCAAGUACACGGGGGCAUGUGGUGGAGUGUUACUUUCUUUUCCAGCGAACGAGCAAUUUAGACGACUUCGUACUUAAUUUGAAAUCACUCUGUCGAAGGUAAAAGUACUGCUCUACUUUGUUGUCAUAACGUUGCGCCCCAUUCGAGAACUUAGAAUAUGAACCGACCCGAUGCCCCAGUUCUUGCGACCACGCCGAACUCACAUAAUAGAAGUUAGAGACACAGACAUUACUAGGUGCUGCGCCCGCGCUUAUUUCGGUGCACCGUUUUCUAGUUUUGCUUGUCGUAACAAGACUGUAUUGGAUCCAAAUGGAUUUUGUACAAAAAAUGCGAACAAUAUCCACAUCGCCCGGCAUAUAGAUAUAGUACAAUUGACAUAGAAGACGUUGGGCCAAUGCCUACACCGAAAUUAUGUUCACUUUCACGACCACGACGAAUUUACUACAAUAAUUUUGAAUGGGAUUGGGAGAUGAACACGUAAGUCGUGAAACAGACAUUGGAAGAUGAUGUGCGUGAAGUCGCACUAAAAAAAUGUGUCACGACGACUCCUGGUUGUACUGAGGGGGUCCUCUGAGUAUACCACAGAUCUACUCUAGGCCGAUCAUACGCACCUCGAGCCGUGCUUUCCCUUAAGAUCGGCACGCAAUCCACCGCGCCGGCCUUACGCUUGGGGGCGACAUCUGGCGCCGCACAUGCUG